AGAGCCUAAGAGUGUGAAGGGACAGAGGGGACAGUGUCAAGAGAAGCUUGGAGCUGGUGGAAGAAGGGGGAGACAGGUGGGAGCAGAGGUGCUCAGGGCAAUGGCAGAGGCCAUCACCUAUGCAGACCUGCGAUUCGUGAAGGCUCCCCUGAAGAAGAGCAUCUCCAGCCGGUUAGGACAGGACCCAGAGACUGAUGAGGAUGAGGAACUCACCUAUGAGAAUGUACAAGUGCCCUCAGUCUCAGGUGGGCCCUUGAGCUCGGCUUCUUCUGGAGUAAGGGACAAAGCAGGGCUCCAGUCAGAGCAGCCAACUGCUUCCUGGAGCUCCGUGACGUCACCAGCUGCCGGGAGGCUCCUCGCGGGCCGCGCAGCCUGUACGCAGUACCUCUUUCUCGGCCUGCUCCUCACCUGCCUGCUGUUAGGGGUGGCCGCCAUCUGCCUGGGAGUGCGCUAUCUGCAGGUGUCUCAGCAGCUCCAGCAGACGAACAGUGUUCUGGAAACCACUAACAGCAGCCUGAGACAGCAGCUCCUCCUAAAGAUAACCCAGCUGGGGAAGAAGGAAGAGGAUCUGCAAGAGUCCAGGAGGGAACUAGCCCAGAGUCAGGAAGCACUACAGGAGGAACAGAAGGUUUGCCAGGCUACCCAAGAGCAGUUACAGGCCUGCUGGUCUGAGAAGGAGAAGACAAAGGAGGCCUUGCAAAGUGAGGAGGUGCAGAGGAUGACCUUGGAGCAGAGGCUGAGCAGCAUGCAGGACACAUUGAAGCCCUUAUUCACAUGCCUCUCAGCAGAUACCUGUUGUCCGGUGGGAUGGAUACUGAACCAGAGGAGCUGCUUUUACAUCUCAUAUACGGAGAGAAGUUGGGAGGAGAGCCAAAACCACUGUAAAUCUCUCUCCUCUGACCUGGCCGCAUUCAGUGACACUUCUUAUUCUUUUUCACUUACAAACUCCAACAGUGCAAGGAAGAUGUUGACACAAAUUAGUCCGCCUGGUUCAUUUUGGGCUGUUUCCAGCUUUAAGAGGUUGCAGCAGGCUGAUGGUAAACAGGUCUUUCGUCAAAGCUCAAGAUGUUACAAGGUACAAAGCAAGUGGCUAAAAAUGCAGUGGGAGGACUGUACUUCUCGUCAUCCCUGCAUCUGUGAGAUGGCAGCUUUCAAGCAUCCAGAUCCAGAUAGGGACCACUUUUCGCCCUGAGUUGGGUACUCUUGCCAACAAGAGCCUGUACCCCUCACCGCUAACUGCAGUCUGCAGGCCCUAAGAUCAUCUCCCUCCAGCGUCCCGUUACUCUGCCUGGGCAGUGCCCAGGCAAGGGCUGAUCCAUGCCCAACACUUCCAGCCAGCCUGCUGCCUGCUUGAAAUCCUGCCCCAGAAACUGGACUGUUCCUGGGAAACGGGUGAAGAAGUCGUU